UCUAUCUAUGGGUUAAAGUUCACAUGCGGCCCCACGUGUGUUGUUGUUAUGCACUGAUAUAAAACCAUUUAUAAUGGCGAAGAGCAAGAAAAACAAGAAUAAGGGGUCCGGAAAAGACGUUAGUACGACCGGACAACAUCCGAGUAAAAACAAGCUCAAAGGAGAUGGUAAGCCCAAGAAAGCCACACCAGAAGAUCACCUGGAACACAUCCCGUUCAGGCUGCGAGAGAUCAUGAAGAGCAAGGACAGGAUGAAGACAGGAUCCCUGGGGGCCAAGAAAGUUAAAAAGGCCAUCUCAUCUCACCGUCAGCCAACGGAUUCCAUGGAUGGAAACAUAGAUGUCCCACAUUUUAAGAAGGGAAAACACGAAAGUAAGACCGCCUAUCUACAGCGCAUGGAGAAUGCGGCACAACACGUCCUCUUCCUCACCAACAACCAAGUGGACAGACAGCCCGAGCUGGAUGUGGACAAACAGGAGAAGCCUGCAGACACGGGCAAGUCUGUCAAAAAGAAAGAGUAUGCUAAAAACAGACUAGACAAGAUUCAGCAGAAAAAGCUGGACAAACAAGUAGACAAAAUGGAGAAAGAAAUGUUUCUAGAUUAUGUUCCCUUUGGUGAGGUUACGAUGGCACCACCAUCACUAAGCAUCAAACCCAGAAAAGCUGAGGUCAAAACUCAGAAGGCCCCAAAGCAGCUGCUUCUCAACUCUCUGCUUGGCCACACGGCAGUCUCCACAGCCAAGCCGUCCAUGGCCAGACAGAGACUCAUGGAGGAGGAGAGGCAGCGAGUGGUGAAGGCCUACCGUCAGCUGAAGCAACAGAAACAACAGCAGCCCAAGGCCAGGACUGACAGCCUGGGAAAACUCAUGAACCUUGCUUGAUGUCUCAUACGAUUCAAAUCAAGAAACAUCUGAUUGGCCAUCUACGGUCGGCAUCAGUGACCGCAACUUGCUCUGAAGUUUAGAAACCGAGACCACAAUCAGUAAGACUGGAGUUGAUGUGUCAGGCUAGGUGUUCACACCAAUAACGUGCAGGAAAACAUGCAAACAUUUACUACAGGGUGACGUAGGUGUUAAACAAUCUAUAGGAGCAUUUCUGAAGUAAAGGAACCAACCUUUCACGUCUCAUCUACCGGAUAACCUAUGCAAACAAGAAGCCUUUGUUGGUUUCCCAGCUGUAUCUGUCUUGUAUGUUUACACACAAGUGCUUGUUUGCAUUUACAGUGCUAUCAUAUUUGCAUGUUCUAGAAAGCACAAUAACAUCAUCUGUGGUGCGAUACACGUUAAGUCUAAAAGGUUAUCUCAAGGACCGGGUGUUUCUCUGCUUGCUGUGACUCUCAGGUCCCACUAGAGGGCAGCCUCCCGUUCCAAAGCUGGUUUCAUAAUGUUUGUAAUAAACUAAAGCAUUCUACUUAGA